UGCUUCUGGUAUGUUGAUGGGCAGCAUAGUUUUGUCCUGCUGAUGAUCUUCCAUAUAAUUUUGGGAGAGUCUCCAGUGCAACCGCAAGUCUGGAGGGAAGGAAUUGCUCUGAUCCAGUGCAGAAGGCUGGAAUGGGUGGAAAUCAUCGAGCCUCGGACGCGGGAGCGCAUGUACGCCAACCUCAUCACGGGGGAGUGCGUGUGGGACCCGCCGGCCGGCGUGCGCAUCAAGCGCACCAAUGAGAACCAGUGGUGGGAGCUCUUCGACCCCAACACCUCCCGCUUCUACUACUACAAUGCCACCACGCAGCGGACGGUGUGGCACCGGCCGCAGAACUGCGACAUCAUCCCCCUGGCCAAGCUGCAGACCCUGAAGCAGAACACGGAGUCGCCGCGAGCCUCCACGGAGAACAGCCCCGGCAGGAGCAGCAAUGUCAGCAGGGAGGGCAGCACCAGCUCCUCCCUGGAGCAGGAGCUGGAGGGCAGCGAGAAGGUGCCGGAGCAGACGAGGUCGAGCCGGCAGUCGACCCAGUACGCCGUGGUGAAGGAGGAAACGGAAAGUUCGCCGCCCUCCGGAGUGUUUGAGAAAGAAUAUGACAUUUAUCGGGAUUACAAUGCGGAAGGUCAACUCCUCCACUACAGGACGUCCUCCCUACGAUGGAACGCCGGCACCAAGGAGCGGAUGCUGAUCAAGGUGACCGACCGCGAGCCCAGCUUCCUCAUGCACCAGGGCAACGGCUACGCGCCCGACGGCCAGCCGGGCACCCGCUCGCACCGCCCCUCGGGGGGCCAGCAGUCGCCCAACCUGCAGACCUUCGCCCCCGAGGCCGACAACUCCGUCUUCUUCCCGGAGAGGAAGCCCUCGCCCUUCUUGAAGAGGGCUGAGCACGUGGGCAGCUGCUCGCCGCUGCUCGGCCGGGGCGACUCCUUCUGCUCCCCGCUGCAGGCGCAGCACCGCAAGCACUCGAGCGAGUCGCAGCCCUCCUCGCCCCGCUACGCCUACGAGCCGCCGCUCUACGAGGAGCCCCCCAUGGAGUACCAGGCGCCCAUCUACGACGAGCCCCCCGUGGACAUGCAGUACGAAGCCAGCGGGAGCUACAAGGCCAGCUCGCCCCAGAAGUCACCCAUCCGCAAGCCUCACCCCUUCCUGCAGUCGCCCAAGCAGGGCUCCAACUCGCCCUACCAGCAGCUGGUGCUCACCAAGCAGAAAUGUCCCGACAGGUUCAUGAGCCUGGAGUACAGCCCGGCGGGCAAGGAGUACGUCCGGCAGCUGGUCUACGUCGAGCAGUCGGGCUCCAGCCCCAAGAUGAAGACGGGGCUGCGCCACAAGUACUCGCCCAACCCCAUCGGCGGCUCCUACUCGCUGCAGCACAGCCCCUGCCUGCUCCGCGACCAGCGCCUGGACGUCAAAUCGGGCGACUACAGCAGCAUGGAGGGACCUGACUUCUGCCCCGGGCAGCCAGCGGGCCAGGCAGCCCCGGGCGAGGACUCCAUGUCGUGGUCCAGCCAGCAGGACACCAUGUCCUCCACCGGCUACUCGCCCUCCACCAGGAAGAGGAAAAGCCGCAAGCCCUCGCUGCCCCACGAGCCCAACGCCUCCUCCACGGACGGCUCGGGGGACCGGGAGGCGCUCGGCGAGCAGCCGGCGGGCGAGGAUCGGGCCGUGCCGGCGCGCUCCCAGAUGAACCGGACGGAGAGCAAGGCGGCGGAGGCGGAGGCGGCGCGGGGCUUCCCCGAGCCCUUCCUGGCGCAGGCGCGCCUGGCGUGGGAGGCGCAGCAGGCUCACUACCACAUGAAGCAGCGGAGCAGUUGGGAUUCCCAAAAGGACGGCUCGGGCUACGAGAGCGACGGCGCGUUGCCCUUGCCCAUGCCGGGCCCGGUGGUGCGAGCCUUCAGCGAGGACGAGGCACUGGCCCAGCAGGACAACAAGCACUGGAAGAGGAACACCUUCGAGAAGCUGGGCUUCCCCCAGAUCCUGCUGGAGAAGAGCGUCUCGGUGCAGACCAACCUGGCCUCCCCCGAGCCCUACCUGCACCCAUCUCAGUCGGAAGACCUCGGCGCCUGCGCCCAGUUUGAGAGCAGCAGGCAGACCAGGAACAUGAUGCCCAGCGCCAGCUGCGUCUUCCCCACCUUCAACCUGCGGAAGCCCUCCUCGGAGACGGACAUUGAGAACUGGGCCUCCAAGCACUUCAACAAGCACACGCAGGGGCUCUUCCGGAGGAAGGUGUCCAUCGCCAACAUGCUGGCCUGGAGCAGCGAGUCCAUCAAGAAGCCCAUGAUCAUGACCAACGACCGCAACGUCAAGAAGGAGGCGUGCGAGAUAUUUAAACUGAUUCAGAUGUACAUGGGGGACCGGCGGGCCAAGACGGACCAACUCAACGUGGCCUUGGAGAUUGCCACCAAGGGCUGGAGCAUGCAGGGCCUGCGAGACGAGCUCUACAUCCAGCUGUGCCGGCAGACCACCGAGAACUUCCGAUACGAGAGCCUGGCCCGGGGCUGGGAGCUCAUGGCCAUUUGUUUGGCCUUUUUCCCCCCCACUCCCAAAUUCCAUUCCUAUCUAGAAGGAUAUAUUUACAGGCACAUGGAUCCGGUGAACGACACCAAAGUGACACAGCACAUUAAAGAGGUCCUGGAAAGGAACAGUAAGAAGAAAUCCAAAUUGAGAAAGAAACCCAAGCCCUAUAUCGAAGAGCAUGAUGGGGUGGCCAUCAGCACAUACGCCAAGUACUGCUACAACAAGCUGCAGAAGGCAGCCCUGACCGGAGCCAAGAAGGGCCUGAAGAAACCGAACAUCGAGGAGAUCCGCCACGCCAAGAACGCCGUCUUCAACCCCUCCAUGUUCGGGAGCUCCCUGCAGGACAUCAUCGCCAUGCAGAAGGAGCGCUACCCCGACCGGCAGCUGCCCUGGGUGCAGACGCGCCUCUCCGAGGAGGUGCUGGCGCUCAACGGGGACCAGACCGAAGGCAUCUUCAGGGUCCCCGGGGACAUUGAUGAGGUCAACGCGCUCAAGCUGCAGGUGGACCAGUGGAAGAUCCCCACGGGCUUGGAGGACCCCCACGUUCCCGCGUCCCUGCUGAAGCUGUGGUACCGGGAGCUGGAGGAGCCGCUGAUCCCCCACGAGUUCUACGAGCAGUGCAUCACCCACUACGAGAACCCCGAGGCAGCCAUCGCUGUCGUCCACUCUCUGCCCAGGAUCAACAAAAUGGUGCUGUGCUACCUCAUCCGCUUCCUACAGGUGUUUGUGCAGCCGGCCAACGUGGCCGUCACCAAGAUGGACGUCAAUAACCUGGCCAUGGUGAUGGCUCCCAACUGCCUGCGCUGCCAGUCGGACGACCCGCGGAUCAUCUUCGAGAACACCCGCAAGGAGAUGUCCUUCAUCCGGGUGCUCAUCCAGCACCUCGACACCAGCUUCAUGGAGGGUGUCCUAUAGCAGCACGCGGGGCGAAGCCACCACCCGAUCCCACCGCCACCCCGUCCACCCCGACCCAACAUGGCCGAGGAGCACAAGCCAGGUCCCCUGCUCGCUCCCGAUGCUCCGGCCACCUCACUGCCCACCUCCCCACCGGACGUUUUGGGGGGUCCUGGACUCGCAGCACCCACCCAGGAGCACCCCAGGGUGGCAUGGCUGUCACGGGUGGUGUGGGUGGCCAUGGGCGCAGGUGGCCGUGGGGACCGGGUGACGGCAUUGGGGACAAGCGGGUCCCAGUUCAGCAAUAACCUGUGUCCGUGGGGUCUGGCACGGCCACCGCUGUGGACCAGGUGACAGCAGAGUGGGGCGGGAAACACAACGUGCGCCUGGAGCAGGUGGCACUUCAGGGACAAGAGGAACAAACGUCCCAUGGACAUGUGCCACGUCCCUGCAGGUGCUGGGGGCCCCCGGGUGGCUCAGUCCCCUGCCAUUGCCCACCCGGGGAUGCUGGGGGAGCUGGGCAGGCUGGUCUUGUCCCAUCCUGGUGCCCGUCCCUCGGAGCAGCACUGGGGAGCACAACCCAUCAGCACCACCAGGUCCUGAGGGACCCAUCUCACCACCACCAGGCCCUGAAGGACCCAUCUCACCA